AUGCCAAUCAAAGACCAAAUACUGGGGGACAGCUCGGAUUCUAAAUCAGACGACACUUCAGAGAAUUCGACGAGAUGCAGCCCGGCAUCUUCCAGAGAAACCCUCACUGAUGAAUUUGAGGUUAAGGCUAACAAUUUUAGAAAUGAAUUCCAUGCCUACAAAAUGGACCAGGUGAGCUUGGUGAACCUAACCAACAUACAGCCACAACAGUCAAAGGAAUCAUGGCCCCGUAUGCAACCUGUUCACACUGAGCUCCAAGGCAUGGAUGAAGAUGUAGUUUUCUUAGAGAGAUGGAUUGCAAUUAGAACGAAAUUAUUUAACAGGCUCCUGCAAUGUCGCAAAAGACUCCAGCCCAAGUUCGCUGAUGGUAAAUACGAAACACUUUCGUAUCUCUACAGCCUCAAAGACACUAUGCAGCUAAUCCAUCACGAUCGUCCAAGUCGGGAAACUUUCUUGUGCGUCGCAAAGUUUGUGGCCGCUACUCUCGAUAGAAAUGAAGAGCUGGAGCAAACAAUCGAGAGUCUUGUCUUGCAAUUAGCUGACAAGGGCCGCUGA